CCUGUCACCAUUGCUACCAAUCUCCCAUUCACUCCCACUCCGUCAUGGCCUUUCAAUACAUCGGUCUAGGGGGUCCGGGGGGUGCCGCCGUAGAUGGGGCAGAAGUCUACGCUCGGCAGCUCAAUGUCCUCGUCUCCUCUCUGGACCAGGCAGCUACUGCCUCCCCACCUGCACUCGAACGCAUCUCGUCGACCAUUCUCGCCCUCCGCUCUACCCAGCUCCUGAACCUUCUCACAAGAUAUACCGAUGCAGGCUCAGAGAGUGCUACACAGGCUCUGCGCAAGACCGCUCUGAAAACUGGAUCGCUAGUGACGGCCCACCCUACUCGUGCUGCUCACCUCACAGCUGGAUUCUCCUUGGCGCUGGAAAUUGCAGAGCAGAGCGGGUGGGCCGCUGAGGAUGGGCUGCUCAGGUACGGACAGGACUGGCUAAGCGCGGGUAUCACAUACCUCACCGUCACCAGUGGACAGGCACCGCCCUCUGCAUCCACGGCUGGACAGCAGGUCAAGGCGGACGCGGCUGUUCUGAGGCCGCUCCUCGCUCUGGUCACCGAGUAUAUCCUCUCCCCUGCUGCUGCCUCACGACCAGAAUUUGCAAGGGCAGUCGUCACGCCAAAUUUGCCAAAGGUAGCUGGCGUGCUUGUCGCUUCGGUCGAAGCGAUCGUCAAGAGAUCGAAUGGAUUCAUGAAUGCAGAAGACGAAGCGAGCUUGAUUUGCUUACUGGCCGUACUUGCUCGCCAGCUGCAAGUGCACCCAAGCAUUCUUCGCCCAUUUGUGUCUCGUCUACAUGCCGCUAGUACACCCCUUUUGGUCGCCCCAAGUGCGCCUUCCGCCCUUGUUCAGGCUGCAACCAAUUUGGUAGGGCAUCUCUACCUCACUGGAGCUCAGUCAAAUACUUCUACAAGGGCAAAGGAACUCAAUGCGAGCGCUUCGGGAGGCAAAGCGACUCAGGCUCAGCUCUGGCUUGCCACGAUCAAAGCUGCGAUUGGAAGCACAAAGAGUGCAUGGGAAGCGUCCGUUUCUACCCUAGAGCUUGGGGAAGAGAGUGCUUCGCAAGGUGCGGGAUUGCCGUUUGCUGCCCUCCCAGAUGAGCCUUAUCAGGCUCAAUCCGAGGCCCUCCAGCACCUCAACCGUCUCCUCGGCACAGGGCAAGGCAAGGAUGCAGGUGUUCUACUUCACCUACUGCAAAUUCCUACAUCCCGAGCUGUAGCAAUGCCUCUGAGUGCUCUAACGUCUCUAGCUCGCUCAAUGCUGUCUGCCACGGCCGAUUCUCCUGCGAGAUCUGCUAUCGAUGCGACACUGCACGCCACACAGCUCGCUGCUCUCCCACAGCUUCAUCUCCAGGCCUUCCGGUUGCUCCUUGUCACUGUGCGCCUUGCACAAGGUGCAGGUACAGCAGCGACAGCAAGACUUGGUCCUCACUGGUUGGAAAUGGCUAUCAGACCACUAGAGCGCGGAGUACGUAGUCCUCCGCCGGUGCGAGCGGCGGCCAGUCGGCUUCUAGUCCUGCUCGUCUCAGACGCUACGGUUGCUGUGCAAUCUAGCUCCCGCGGUCUUCCGUCCUUCAGAGCCGGUUGUGCCCUGCCGCUCGACCCUGUAGCUCGUAUCACGCUGCGAGGAGCCAAAGCCUGUCUCUCAGAGAUCGCCCGACUCCUCUCACCGGACGAAGAGGCACUCUCUAUGGAGCCCUCACAAUCUGCACAAAGCGGAGGUUCCUCUCGCAAGAAGAAGCGCUCGCGCAUGUACGAGUCGGACGCCCUCUUCUCUGGCUCCUCGCCCAAGGUGCUGGGCCUGAAGCAGCUCGACGAGCAAGCAUCUGCUCUCGCAUGCCUCGAAGCCCUUCCCUUCUUCUUCCCUCACAUGUGCACUUCUCUCACUCCCAUGCACUACGAUAUAGCUCACACUACGGCGCAGGUGGUUGCUGCUCUGGCAGAAGUGACUCUACGCCAACCAGCACCUACGGAUGGAGGAAUUGAGUCUUCCAGGCGUUGGGAGGAUCUCGCUUCCGGCAGUCUUUCCAGCCUGGCCAAGAUGAUCCGUGUGGCCUCUGGUCCCAUCCUGGGACUGCUCUCGCCCCGACUGACAGACUUGGCUACCUUCGCCCUCGGUGUGGUCGGACCUACCCAACCUUUGGUGACUCGGGCCGCUCACGAGGCGCUUGCUGCGUUGCGGGAAGUGUCGCUUCCUAGCCUGCCACCUGUGCUCGCUGCAAAAGUGCAAGAAGAGGGAGACGAUGCAGAGGAAGAACUGGCUCAGGUCAGCAAGGAGUGGGGCACUGAUCCUCACACCGGGAAGGACAUGCUUUCCAAGACCGGUCAAUUCGUGCAAGACGUGGGAGGUGAAGUCAGAAAGAUGAAGGAGGCAGUGAAGGACGUCGUCGGCCUCAAUCUCGAUGCGAGCAGUCGCAAGAGGCAAAGUUCUGUCGAUGAAGGGGAUGAGGAGGACGCUGACGAAGACGAAGAGAUGAGACCUCCGCCGCAUAUGCACGGCUCACCUCAAGCCUACAAUGGGCCAAGACACUCCUCUCCCUCGAGGGCAACCGAGGAUACAGAUCCAGUGAAGCCUCGGCAUCGCCCCUCGACUCCUCGCAUCGGUAGCCCGACACGGGUCGUAUCUACCGGCAGCCACAUUGCAGGUGGUGUGGGCGGCAGUCCAGGAGCAAGGGAGGUCUUUGGUAGCGGAGGUUUAGGGGGCGCGGGCAGCCCGUCGAGAAGAGUGGUCAGCAGUCCUUCGCUUCGCAAAGCUGAGCUGCCAUCGUCAUCCGCAGAUAGCGCAAGCGUUCUCCAGCCAACCCCUACCCUCGUUUCUGGGCCGGCAGGUGAUGCUGGCGGUAGAGUGACGACGACGACUGAGGUCACUACUGUUAGGAAGCCGGCAGAGGUGGAGCUGAGGAUCGAGUCGGAUGACGAGGAGAUGCCGGAGAUCGAUAUCAACAGCUCGGACGAGGACGAGUGAAGGGGACCUCAAUAUGGUCCGCAAUGCAUACAUUGUCCAACGAAACGCUUGUUCGAAGUGCUGCUGGUAUUGCGUUGCAAGUCUGUCUGAGCCCCCCUCAGCUUCCUCCUUCCAUCUUCACUCCCC